UCUGAGACAUUUAUAAUGACAGCCCGUGGUAUAGAAGCUAUUAAACUGAAUACGCAGACGAAGGUCAGCAAAUUGAGUCCAGAUGUUAAAGUGAAAACACAAUGCAACACAAUAGAUAAGGAAACAAAAACUACUAUGACUCCAAUAGAGAGAUACAGGUUCGAGUGGCAAGAAUUAUUAAAGAUUUUAGAUGAACAGCCAGGACGUAUACGGGAAUAUGGCUUUGAAGGCCAUUUGAAAACAUCGAAAUUUCGUAGCAUUUACUGGAGCGUAAUGCUGAGAGUGUUAAACGAGGAUUAUCGCAAUUGGAAAUUGCAAAGAGCUCAACAACGCCAACGCUACAAGCGUUUGAAAAAGGAUUUCGUAAAAAAUCCUCAUGAGUUGGGCGAUCUGAAUACGAAUGACAAUCCUCUUUCGCAAUCUUCACAGAGUAUUUGGAAUCAGUAUUUCAAUAAUCAAGAAUUGUUUGCUACCAUCGGACAAGACGUAGUACGCACGUUUCCAGGAGUCGAUUUCUUUCGUAAAUCGCCAAUACAAAAUGCUAUGUGCAACAUACUUUUCUAUUAUGCACGUGAGCAUCCGUAUAUGUCUUAUCGUCAGGGAAUGCAUGAAAUUUUAGCACCCGUCAUAUUUGUCAUGUACGGUGACCAUCAGUCAUUAUUGCAUUUCAAAGAAAUCACUGACGCAGAAGUAAUCGAUACAAUUUUAGCUAAUGUUUUGGAUCCGGACUUUUUAGAGGCGGAUUGUUAUUUCAUUUUUUCGCGUGUAAUGGCCUCUAUCGAAUCGUACUAUCGUGUUAAUAACGUUCUGUCUUCCGAAUGGAACUUAAAAACAAACGGCCUUAUGACGAAUAAUAAUGCGGAGUCCGCUGACGAGUCCACCGAAUCAGGUGUCAUUGCUCAUUUAAAUUCAAUUCGAGAUAAAAUUCUUGCGAAGGAAGACUUACACUUACAUAAUUAUCUUCUUAAAUUGGACAUACCUUUGCAUAUAUUCGGGAUACGUUGGUUGCGCCUCUUAUUUGGGCGAGAAUUUACUUUGCUUGAUUUAUUGGCUUUGUGGGAUGCCAUAUUUGCGGAUAGUGAUCGUUUCGAUCUGCCUAAUUACAUAGUAGUCGCUAUGUUGAUAAGGAUACGCGAUAAAUUACUUUUAAGCGAUUAUACCACGUGUCUUACAUAUCUAAUGCGUUAUCCUUCCAAUGUUGAUGUCGGUCUAAUACUACGCCAUGCUUUACAUAUGCAAAUGCCUAAAAAAUAUGACAGACCGGCAAAUGCGUUUGUCUAUUUUACAAUGCCGUCAAGACGUCAGGGAAUGCAUAGCGCUGCUAUGACUAAAAUCUCUGGCCCUUCUCAGCAUAAAAAAGGUGACCGGGACCAAAAUGCUCAUUCAAAGUCUGUGAGCAAAGACACGUUAUUAGAUUUGGAGAAAGAAGUAACUCUACUGCAAGUCCGAAAUGCGGCUGAUGCUGCCGUACUAGCUCGGCUUAAGCCGGCAGCAAACGAAGAAAGUCAUGUUAUUAUGGACGGUUACGCGAAGAAUAAUCCCGAUUUAGAACGUUUAGAACUGAAAAACGCGCAAACAGUUAUAACUGUGGCUCGUAAUAAACUACAAACCUAUCUGCAUACCAUACGUCGCUUUAUAAACAAACCGAAUUCCACUGAGGUAAUGAAUGCUCUGGAUGGCAUUGAAGAAUUGUGUCAAUAUUUGGAUGUGAAAUUUAUGUUUCCUUUGCACUCAUGUUCAGCUCCCAUUGACCAAGCCUUAGAAGCGAAUGAACAACAACAAAGAGAAGAAAAACGAAAGACUAAUAAGCCUCCUUUGGUAUAUGCACGUUGUGACCACUCCACUGAAACAGCUAACCAAAUUGUUGGGGCAUCAGCACUGGCCAUUUAUGAAAAACCAGAUAACGGUUUCAUGCUGCAAUCGUCAAGGAUAUUGGGUCAUCUUAAAGAAAUAGAACUAUUAACGAUCGCUAGCAGUGAAAAGACGAGAGAUCCUGUUAAUGAGAUUAACAAUGGUCUACCGGCCAUGGACCCCUUAAACUUAAAAGACUGACUCAUUUGCACCUUUAUGUGUAAGACUAAGAAUUCCUCAGCACCUUUUCGCAAAGUUCGCCACCAAUUAGGUUGUAGUAAGCUAUAAGUCUACUAUAGCUCACAACCGUAUAUUAAGGCAGAGAAUAAGUCGGUAUUCUCCACAAGCCUAUUAACGCGAUCGCUAUAUGAUUUUUUGAAACAUAAAUAUAAAUCUACGAAUAAAUAUCUUUAGUUAAGCAACGUUACUCUUCCUACAAGCGCGAAAUUGAUGACGUGCUCUAAAUGUUCAACGUAAGUCAAUAUAAAAUUGAUCUUUUCUUUUGCAAAGUUACGCAUUUGAUUGUUAAUAAAAAUAUAUAUUGAUUUAUCAGCUUUAUCGUUUAGUAAAACGGAAUUUAAGAAUUUAAUCUCUCAUUGUUAAUUACUUCAAUUUUCUUCUUCUUCGGUGAAAGGGUGGAUGCUUCUCUUUUGUUCCAUUGUCCCACUAUCAACAUAGCUCUCAUUAUUGGCGAAUGCUUAUAAAUCGUGUUUUUUUUGUUUUUUGGGCAACCUCUCGUAGUAUCUAGUAUCGAGUAUUGUACAUUGAACUCGAUGGCAUUAUUCAGAAGUGUCUGAAGGGCAGUACCUGGUACUUGCACAACGAAAUGUAGCUUCCCACCAGAGUACU